AAAGGUCUAAUAGAUUAAAAAGAAAAGGACAAGCUAAAUAUAUGCAUUAUCAAAAAUUAAACCAAAGUAUUGCAGAACCUUCAACAAGAACAAGAUCCCAAACUUCUAAAGCUUCUAAAGCAUCAUUAAACUCAAGAGCAAAAACAAAAGAAGGUCAAAAAGAUAGACAACAAGCACAUAGAGCUUCUUUAAGUGAAGUACAAAAAGAAAAAAUAAAAGAAAAAGAUAGAGAAAGAUACAAAAAGCAAAAAAAAGAACAAUUUAAACAAUUUUAUAAAAUAGGAUAUUCACCACCACCAAAAAUUUAUUAUUUUCUUACAGAAAAAGAUCCAAUAUCUAAAGUACCAUUUCUUGACAAAAUAAGAGCAUAUAAUCAAGCAUUUGCUUUUAUAUCAAUUGCUACUGAUUUAGAUUUGGAUGUUGCCAAUGAAAAAAAGGGGGCCUAUUGCUAUAGAAUUCAGUAUCAUCAAAUUAGCUCAGCUUUGCCAGAACAAGGAGAAAUACCCAAAUUUUCCCAAAUAUAUUUUCAUGAUUCUUUAGAUAUUGAAGCACAAAUUGAUAGAAGACAUGAUGUAAUGAAGCAAUCAUUAAACAGGGAAAUGAUAAGUAUUAUCCAAAAUGUAUUAAUAGAUUUAAAUCCUUUUGUAGAUACUUAUAUAUCUGCAGAAAAUGAGGAUUUACAAGAUCCUCUAUAUUAUAUUUUAAUACAUAAUAAGCAUGGUAAAGAUAUGAGACAAUAUAAUUCACCAUUAGUUAAGAAAGUAGUUGCAAUUUGUUUUUCUGAUGAAACUAUGCAUGUAAGAGAUAUUCUUAUUGUAAGACAUGAUGAUGAAUUAGAAAGAAUAUCUGAAUUACAUGGUACAUAUGAUCCUUUAGCAUAUCCUUUUCUAUUUCUAUGUAGAGAAUAUGAUUAG